CCUUAGCAUCCCCAUGUUAAGGUUCGAGUUCCAACACGCACGCACCCUUCUUCUUCUUCUUCUUCUUCUUCUUCUUCUUCUCAUUUUGUCUCUAUAGCAUUGGUAGCUAUUCAUUACUCUGUUUCUGAACAAGUAAGAAUGGGGAAGAUUCCAUUGGCAAGUGGUUUGAGAACUCUCUUCACUGUUCUCGGAGCUCUCAUGCUCGCUACUCUUCUCUACACAAUCUUCACAGAUGGUCUUCCAUUCCGCAAAGAGCUUCUCACACCAUGGAUGGCAGCAACUUUGGUUGAUUUCUACAUCAACAUUGUACCUUUCAGUGUCUGGAUUGCUUACAAGGAAUCAAACUGGAUCAGCUCACUUCUGUGGAUAAUUUUUCUUGUCUGCUUUGGAAGCAUUACCACAUCCGCCUAUAUUGUUCUGCAAUUUGUGAAGCUGUCAUCUCAAGAAUGUUCACAGGAUCCCAUGUAUUAUGUUCUGUUGCGGCAUCCACAUAAGAAUGAUGCAGAACCAAAAGGAAAAAUUUCUUUUGUUGCGAUGCUAAGAAUCAUUUUCAGCAUUUUGGGUGUUGUUAUGCUUGGAACUUUGGUUUACACUCUUGUCACUGAUGGCUCUCCUUUCCGUACAGAGCUUUUAACUCCGUGGAUGGUUGCAACGCUAGUUGAUUUCUACAUCAAUGUCACAGCUCUAGCAGUAUGGGUUGCCUACAAAGAAUCUAGUUGGAUUUGUGCAGUCCUUUGGAUAAUUCUAUUGAUAUGCUUUGGCAGCAUUACUACUUGCGUCUACAUUGUCUGCCAGCUGUUGCAGAUAUCUAUUCAAGAUCAUGCUUACCUUGUUUUAGUGCCUCAUGGUGACAGGGCAGAAAACAAAUAUAAAGGGCUUUCAGGCGAGGCAACAUAGCAAAGGUGUUAAUGAACAAAAGGCAUGUGGGACAAGAAAAGUGAUAAGAUAAUCCCUGCACAGAUACUGUAACACAUGAAGGCAGAAAAUUAACUUACCACAGGAGAUUGUCUCUGCGAACGAUGGUAACAACUAGACAGUGUCGUUCUCCUAGACAUAAAUUAAACAGUUAUUAUGUAAAUAUUUGUUGAUUAUUCUACUUCGGUGUGUUAUGUAAGCUUUGAUUAUUUCCCUGUAUACUGUAUUUAAUUUCAAAGUUUAAAACGUGAUUUAAUUAUAAUUUUUUUGGAUUUUUUAUGGGAAA